CACGAUCACUACGAAACAAGAGGUUACGUAAACAAGAAGCCAUAGUAAACAGGUUCCACUUUCCACUAGAUUAUCCUUUGCCACCUAUCUCAGGCGAUUAAAGUUGAAAUAGGUACAUCAAGUUCCAUAAGGAUGAAGUCAGUUUUAAUAACAGGGUGCAAUCGUGGUAUAGGUCUCGGGCUUGUAAAGAACCUGCUCAGUGAUAAUUCCGUGAAACACAUUAUUGCAACAUGUCGGGACCCAAAUCAAGCAACGAACCUUCAAGAGGCUGUCAAAACAACGCCUGGCAAAGUUCAUGUUCUACAAUUAGAUCUCAAAGACUUCAACAGCCAUGACAGAAUCGCGAAAGAAGUCUCGUCCAUAGUCGGGGAUGCUGGCUUGAAUGUAUUGAUCAACAAUGCUGGAAUUUCCACAAAAUUCACCCGUGUGAACCUCGUAAAAGCAGAACAGAUGAUUGAGAACCUCACAGUUAACACCGUAGCACCACUAAUGUUGACCAAGGCUCUGAUACCAUUGCUGAAGCAGGCGUCAGCUGCUAACAGCUCUCAGCCACUAGGCUCAGCACGUGCUGCUGUCGUCAACAUCAGCUCCAUACUGGGCUCCAUAGCUGAGAACAACCAGGGCGGCUUCUACCCCUACAGAACCAGCAAGGCUGCUCUCAACGCAGUGACUCGUUCUUUAAGUUUUGACUUGAAGCCUGACAACAUUCUAGCGGUCAGCAUCCACCCCGGGUGGGUCAAGACAGACAUGGGCGGUCCACAGGCACCCCUCGCACUGGACACUGCCAUCCCAACACUGGUACAGCUGCUCAAGGAGCUCGGGCCUCAACACAACGGAGGCUUCUAUCAGUACGACGGAAAACAGCUGCCCUGGUAGUGACAUGGUUUACCUUGUUUAGUGAAACGAUUGUAAUCAUGGUUGAGUUUUGUUAUUGUUCUUAUUUAUUUUAAGAUUAAGCAACCAAAUCAAAUUUCAAAUUUGUCCGGUCAAAUUUGUGUGUGGUUGAUGCUGAGGGUUGACCGUUUAUGGUCUUUAUUCUUAGACCCGAAUUAGGUGUGAAUAGCGCUCUAAGCUGUAAACAACUUUGGCACCUCUCUCCAGACAUUUUUGGAAUCAAAGUACAUAUUUAAAAACGAGUUUACACGCUAUUUAAAGGUUGAAAGGCUGAUUAAAAUUUAGUUUUUAGCGAAUUUCCCAUAUAGGGAAUAAGCUAUUACCGUAGGUCUCAUGGUAAGACCUGGACUCGGGACCGAUUUACUUUUUCAUUUUGAUGUCCCCAGAGGCCAAAAACACCAUCCGUUCAAAUUCAUAUAUAUAUAUAUAUAUUUAUAUAUUUAUAUAUAUAUAUAUGUGUCCGUCAGCACGAUAACUCGAACAAAAAUUAUCCGAUUUUGAUGAAAUUUGGUAUAAACGUGUAAACCUACAUUUAUUUGAACGAGUUCGCGAACCAGCAUGAUCGGACCAUGGGAACAGGGGUUUAUGGGGGGUUUUAUGGGGUAAAAAUGGGUUUUUCCCAUUUUUGACCCUAAAAACAUAAAAUUUUGGAAUUUUUUUCACAUCCAUUUUGUAGAGCUUAAAAAAGUAAAUAAUUUAGUAUAUUGAAGCAUUGUUGUACGCCUAAUGGUUACGGAGAAAAUUCAAAAAAGUGCAAAAAAUUUAAAAUUCCCAUGUUAUUCUUAUGGAGAAAAUGAAACUGUUGUGGUUUACUUGUUUAUGGGUAUAUAUUGAUAAAAUUUGGCAAAUUUAUUUAUUUCAUCCUAUACUAUUGACUUAUGGUAAAAACGCUUUUUACCUUCCCUGUAGCAGCAAACCUAAGCACUCGUUAAAUCUAAUGUUAUUUAAAUUGAGAAUAAAUAUGUCUUAUAUAUGGAAAUAUUUUAGUAACAAUGUAAUCAGACAAGUUGAAAUUCGCUUAGUCUGCAGGUUUGCUGCGGCGGGGGUAUUUUAGCAAUCUAAUCAAAACAAUAUUUAUGGCUAUUGUUAUUGACACCAGCCCCUAAAAACUUGGCACUCUGGGCUGUAUGGGGGCCCAUACACAAAGGAACCUAAAUACUGUUAACAAAAUAGAUGGCCAAAUCGAGUAAGCUCCUUUUAUACUCCAUUCUGUUCACUCUGCAGUACUGAGUGUCCCAAUUUAAAAUGGAAAUUUCAGCCACACUUGCCGUCCUAAAAACAUCAAGACCCACAAAUCGCUCCAUGGGUUUUAAUUUUUUCUAUGCUUCUUAACUAACUACUAUUUGCCUAUACUAAUUUUGACUGAAGCAGAGUCAAAAUCCAAUUCAAUAGUCGAAAUACCAAUCUAUAAAAUAAAUUGAUUGAGACAAUAAGUAAAAUUUUCUUUUAACCCAUUCCCCCGAGUGUCAAGAGGACCGUUUUCUGAACCUGCAUAGCCAAAACGAUGUUUCCAGUAUUAUUUAUAGUACGACUAUUUCCCCAUAUUGUACUGCACGGUGAACGAGGCAUGGAAAGAUAAUGAUGGGACUAACCAUGUGUUAUUAUUAGUUUGUUAUGAACGUCUAUCAAAAUCACAUUUAGUUGAAUAUUUGAAAUCCGAGAAAGUGGGAUUUUGUAUCUUCAUCUUUUUUUGGACAAUAUCUAACAUUGGCUUAAGAUACAGUACUGUAAAAUUCACCACGUGGUAGUUUCUACAUCUAUAUAUGUAGUGUUUUUAUUUUUGAUUCAUCAGAAAAUCAUCAUUCAUUUCUAAAACACAGCCUUGUUUUUGUAACAGAAGGAAUAAAGUUAACACAUACGACAAUAAUACAAACAUAAUGGUCCUAGAUGUUGCUUUUGGCAGUAUUAGAUUUACUUUUAGUCGAUUUAGCCUUUUGUUUGGUUCUUAUUACGAAGAAAGCAUUUACCAAAGAUGCAUUUAAGAAUUUAGACCAACUGCUACAGGGAUUUUAUCAACGCACAAUGAUCUUAUACUAAAAGGCUUUGUCGAGGGUAAAACAUGAUGAUGAAUAGUUUUGUCAGUAAUAGUAAUAAGUUUAGCUAAUUUCUUCAAUGUCAAAUUUUUGCCAGAUGUUCUCGAGCUAUACAGAGCCCGAAAGAUUUGAGACAUUAUAGCUUGAUUAAAUAUGUAAAAACCUGGAAAUUAAUGCAAUCUGCAUUGUCUUCAGGGUUUCAACACAAAAUAUUAAGAUUUUAUUUAAGUGUAAGUUGUGUCGUGCUUGUUAUAUGUUGAUAAAUUAUUUUUGUGUUAGCUAAUAUUUGUCACAGUAGGCCUAUUACACAAGUUUAACUAAUAAGACCAAAAAUAUGCACAAAGUAACCUGAAUUUAAUAGGGUUUUGACUGUCAGCAUUUUGUAUUAGUUUAAUCAGUA